GUUCGAACUAUACAGACAAUCGAGAUGGCUUUGAGAAAAAUCGCCGUGGAGGAUUUGUACAAGAAGGACGAGAAGCUGAAGAAAGAGGACGUCGAUGCUUUGAUGGAUUGGAUUAGCAAGCAACCUCACCUGCCCCGAGCUUCAGAAUUGCAGGUGGCUUUGUUUUUGCACAGUUGCUAUUAUAGCAACGAGACGGCCAAAAGUACAAUAGAUGCCUAUUUUACGGUGAAAACGAUUUGUAGCGACAUUUUCGGUGCGAAAAACAUCGACGAACCCGUUUUACAGACAUCUUUGAGAACCAUCUUCAUAUCGCCUCUACCGAAGGCGACCGCCGAAGGCGAGAGGAUAAUCUUCGGGAAAUUGAUCGACACCGAUCCGGAAAAUUAUUUCCUCGCUUCCCAAUGCAACCUGUUCGAUUUGGCAACGUUGCAGCACAUCUAUCAAGAGGGCCCCGAUCAAGGCGUGCACAUCGUCAUUGACAUGAAAGGCGUCGUUUUCGGCCAUUUUCUCAAACUCAACCCGAUGGUCAUCAAAAAGUUCCUCUACUAUUUGCAGGAGGCGAUGCCCAUUCGUUUGAAGUCGUUGCAUUUCGUCAACAUCGUGUCGUUCAUGGAUAAAAUUCUGGCCUUGAUGAAACCGUUUAUGAAGAAAGAGCUAAUCGACGCCCUCUAUUUGCACAACGGCGUCGAGACGAUUUUCUCGCAACUUCCCAAAGAGCUGUUUCCGCAGGACUACGGAGGCGACGUCGAAUCCGUACCGAUUCUACACGAAAAAUGCAGACGAAAAAUCGUGGAAAACGCGGAGUUUUGGAAAUAUCUGGCCGAUCAAAGGGUAGACGAGACGAGGCGUCGCGGAAAAUCGAAAUCGAGCGAAAUUUUCGGCGUCGAAGGGAGCUUUAAAAAGCUCGAAGUCGAUUGAAUUGUUUUUUCGUUUCGCAAGGAGAAAAAAAUAUAAA